AGCGCCCACAAGGCAGCGGCUCCAAGCAGAAGCCACCUCUGCUACACAUCGAGUCUACAUCCUCGCCUACAUCCUCGCCAACUUCCUGCUCUCUCAAUCGACCCUCCUACCGUCCACAGCCGCCUUCUACCCCCCCGUGUCGCCCUCCCCUCCGAGUGCCUUUCUCUUUUCCAGCUGCUCCUCCUCCCAGUCCUUCCUCCCUGCAGCUCGGUCCCUCUGAGCGACACAUCACCUACGAGUCCUGCUUCCCGGUAGCUUGACCGCCCCUCUAUCAGCUGGAUUUUGAGUUUGCAAAGAUUGGACAAUAUGGCACCCCCACCUCCUGCUGAUGCCUCCUUGGGUGAGCGCCUGGCAAAGGUCGCUACAACACUUCAAUUCGCCUGGUUUUGCGGCCACUUUACCCUCCUUCUGUCGGUCAUCCGAUACAGCCUCUCCUACCUCACUUUCAACUACUACUCCAGAUGGGCGCAGGUCACAUAUCGCCUAGCUUUCAUCUCAGCGGUUGCCACCUACGGUAUUGUGGUUUUCAAGGCUUAUCGUGCUCGUGUGAAGCCUGGCGCCAAGAUCGGCUCGACGGUCUACCUCUUGCUCUCGGAUGAGAAUGUGCAAUAUCUGCGUGAGUUGGUCCUCGGGGACAAGCUGAUCAAUCACGAGUCUAAUGUGAUAUGCACAGUCAUAAGCUUGGUCUGGUUGUUCGCGAGGCAGGUGCCAUUGGCCCUACUCCCUUUCACAGUCUAUUCGGUCUUCCACGUUGCGACCUACACUCGCACGGUCAUUAUCCCCACCUUUCAGCCGCCCAAAGCCGCUCCAUCAAGCACGCCUACUUCACCAAGUGCCUCCAAGGCCUCUCAGUCUCCUCUCGCCAACUCCAUCGGCCGGUUUGUCAAAGAAUACUACGACGGCUCCAUGAUGUUGGUCGCAUUGCUUGAGAUUCUCCUCUGGUUCCGCCUGUUCUUGUCCGCCUUGACGUUCAGCAAGGGCUCUUGGAUUCUGUUGAGCAUCUACGCUGUAUUUUUGAGGGCAAGAUACUCUCAAAGCCAGUUUGUGCAGGGAGCUUUCCUUCAGAUGGGGGCCAGAAUCGACCAGCAAGUCCAGAAUCCCAACGUUCCUCCCGCGCUUCGACAAGCCUGGGAAACUGUCAAGGGACUCCUGCGCCAGACAGUCGAGGCUACCAACGUGCACAAGUACAUGGGAGGUCAGACGCCUCAAAAGAAGCCUCAAUAGCGCAGACGAAGAACUUUGCGAGACGCCAAGCCGAUUUAACUCAACUUCGAUAACCUAGGUGUUGGGGGCGGAGAGUCAGUGGUCAUUGUAUAUGCUCUGGGCAUUGCAGAGACAUCGAGAGUGUGGAUGGGACGGAACUCCUACAUCGGAAUCCCUGAAUUUGUCGUGACUUACUCCGAGGCCUCUGUCAAUUGGUAACUGGCUUCUGGAAAGGAAUGAUAGAAGGGAUUUGAAAGAUAAACCUCCGCCGCAAAGGGGGUCAGGAUGGGAUAGUAUGACGUGCAGGAGGUAUCAUGGUGGAGAGAUGUGUGGAGAGGGCGCGAAGAGGUGCAGUAGAGCCAGGAGACAAGUCAAAGACGACUUGACUCAAGGUAUUAUGUAGUAUCUGCCUUGGCUGGCACUGCUGCCCGGGUGGAGGAGUGGUUUUCCUUCCUUGUUCUUUGUUCUAUCCAGGGCUAUGGGUAAAAGGCAUGAUAUGUAGCUAGGCUAGAUCCAGACGGGUGUGAGGCGUUGGGUCCAUAUGAGCACCAAACGUUUGUCGCUUUGUCUCUUGGUUAUGGUUAUCCCUUUCCUCUUG